CCAAAAUGCUUUGGAGUUUUUAACUGACUUUUAAGAAAAGUCCAAAAUAGCUUUGAGACUGUAUAAACAAGCUGCAGCAAAGGGGAUUCAGUGCCAAUGCAUCAACAAAAAAGACAGUCAGAGUUAGUGGAAGGAAAUCUUCCUGUUUUUGUGUUUCCCACGGAGCUAACAUUCUAUGCAGAUGACCAGUCAACACAUAAACAAGUGUUGACUCUGUAUAAUCCUUAUGAUUUUUCCUUAAAGUUCAAAGUUUUGUGUACUACUCCAAAUAAGUAUGUUGUCGUAGAUGCAGUUGGCGCGGUAAAGCCUCAGUGUUGUAUGGAUAUUGUGAUUCGCCAUAAAGAUGUUCGAUCCUGUAACUAUGGUGUAGUAGACAAGUUCCGUCUACAGGUUUCUGAGCAGAGCCAUAAUAAAUCUUUAGGAAAGAAAGAGGUUGUGGCGACUCUUCUACCGUCUGCAAAGGAACAAAAAAAGGAAGAAGAGGAAAAACGAAGCAAGGAACAUUUAUCCCAAAGUUUGUUUUAUGAAAAGUCGUUUCAACCAGAAAACAAAACUGUGUCCUCAGGACCUAGUCUGCUAACUAUCUUUCUGGGAGUGGUCUGCAUUGCAGCUUUGAUGCUUCCUACACUGGGGGAUGUGGAAUCGAUGGUGCCUCUCUACCUCCACUUAAGUGUGAAUCAAAAAUUGGUGGCUGCUUAUAUUCUAGGUCUUAUCACAAUGGCUAUCCUCAGAACAUGAGCAAGGAAUUCAGUUGACUUCUGAAGUAAAUCUUUCCUGAAAAUAUGAAUGUGGACUGCCUUUUAUCUCUAUUCCACUCCAUUAACAUGCUACAAACUAUUGAGUGAUUUACAGUAAUUGUAAAUGCAUAAUAUAUAUUUUAAAUUGUUCUGUAAUUUUUGUUCAGAGGACUCCAGCACAUGAUGCUGCAGAUAGCAAGGAUGUUUCUGAGUGCUGCUUAGGGAACUCUUUGAAGAAUCUAAACCUGUUGUGCAAAAUGCUUAAAAAGAUUUAUUUUCUCAUCUUUUUUUUCUAAUUCACUUGCAUUAUUCAGGUCCAUGUUAAAGGUCUAAAAGAGCACACUGGCCGGCCUCAAAAUCAACUUAUUUUCCUAGCUACAAUCGAUGUUACUGUGUAGAUUAUAUCGGCUCCUCACUAGAAGGUUGCCAUGGUAUUUCUAAAAUAGCUUGCCCAGUCUAUGUGUUUCGCAUAAAAUGGUGAAGAGUCCAGUUUUUCCUGGGAUCUCACAGAAAAGAGGCCAUUUGAAAUUUGUCUGAUGAGUAACAAAAUAGGUUUGGAUGCCCCAACGUGCAAGUUUUUGGUUUGGUUUUGUCUAACAACCUUACAGAGUAGUAGGGUGACCUCUUUAUUUGGUAUAUGAAUUCCAUAGGAAAUAAGGCGUUUGUUAUUUGCUUCACUCUGGCUUUACCUCUAAAGUUAAUGGAGGAUCACUAUCUUUUUCCUGCCUGUGAGUAAUUGAUUAGGCAUAUAAGAACUGUCAGUUGUUCAGUAGCUCAAUCAGUAGCUCAGGUGGAACUGAUUGUUCACCUUUAAACUCUAAAAGCCAACAAUAGAAAACCCUUGAUAUCUGUGUCUAUUUUAUAUCAGUCACUGAGACAUUUUUAAGUUUGUAUUUAUUAUUAAAACAAUUUUACCAAAAAAAAUCCCCAAAGCACAACUAUUUACAUUUCUUUAUAGCUACUUCUGAUCUCUAACAUAUAAAUGUGUGUAUAUAUGUAUAUAUACAUAUGCAGUUUUAACUGUUACUGUCAUAGGAACUGAUAUUUUGACUUAAGAUUUUUAUCCUGAGCACAAUGCAUUCAGAAACCCUUGCAAAUUAUCUUCUGGAUCUUUUUACAGGUGGACCUUCUGCACAGCUACUGUUGUAGCCUUACAGAAUAUACAGAAACAAAUUGUAUGCCAGAGAUUUUUUUUGGUUGGAAAGGUAUUUUGAUUCUAAACUCAAGGCUUUAUAUGUAUACCCUUUCUUAGAACUUUCUCAUUGUUUAACUGUUUGGGGAGCCAAGAUCUUUAAAUGGAUUGUGUCUGUACAUUGUGUAAUAAAUGAAAAGCACAUAAAUGUAA